UGCCAACAAAAUGUCAAUAAACAAGAACAUGGAAGACCCAAAGGAAAAGAUAUCUUGGACAUCCAUAGUUCAGCACUUUGAUCCUCGUCUAGUAAAAACUAAUUAUAAUCACGAAGAAGUUUCUAUUAUUGAGAAUAUUGAAAGUAUAUUACUCCAACAUAGAUGUAUAUCCAUAGAAGGAUGCCGAGGCAGUGGAAAGACGCACUGUGCAGUCGUGGCCAUGCAUUACUUGGCAAAUGCAGAAAAAUUAGCUUUCAUUACUUCUCCUUCACAAUGGGAAAAUAACUUUGACAAAAACCAUGACAAAACUCAUGUUAUCCUUGAUAAUGCUGAUCUCUCUGAUCCAAACUGGGUCAAAGUUAUACAAAAUGCAUGCGAAAAACAACAACAGAGAUUUGUUAUUGUUACUUUAAAAUCUACUUCAAGUCACGGUAUAGAAAAUGUACAUCUGCGCAAUUACCAAAUACAGUGGAAUUCAGAGGACCAAGAAAACUUGAGGACGCUGUACGAAAUAGUUCAAAAUCCUUAUUAUGACGAUAGGAUUGGAUUUCCUUUGUCUUGCUCAAUGCUUCGAAGAUGGCAUGUGGAAUACUCAAAGAAGUUUCAGAACCCAAAUCACUACUUUGAUGAAGUGCUCCAAAAGAUAGUCAAAACUGACUUUGAAGAAUUUUGUAGGAUUUGCAGUGUUGCUAUGGUCGUAGGGGAAUGUGAUACUCUUUGUUUGGAAAGUCAAGAUAAAAAAAGAAUAAUAAAUAAUAUCCUUUGUUUAAGAAAUAUGCGAAGAAAUCCCGGACACUUUUCAUAUAGUGAUUCAGUUUUCCAGCCAGAGGAGGAUAUUUUAAAACAUUUAAAAUGGAUGUCAUUGUCUGUGGAGAAUCAUCUGCGAUUGCCAGCUCUGAAAUGGCUGCUGUCCUAUGACCCUGGCUUGCUAUUGGAUAAUAUCAGUGUGUCGGUCUUGGUGACUUUUGCAAAACUUGGACAAUGCGAUAAAACAGGAAGGCGACUGGUAAUAGGUGAACAAUAUCACCUAGCGAUUAUACAGAGGAUUGCCUGUGGGUUAUCCGGAAUUGACAAAGAUAUACUUGAAAAAUCCCCUUUAAUGAAAGAUUCUGACUUUUUCUCAAAACUUUUUAAGCAGUUGUAUAUGAUAUCUUCUUCAAUUUAUCCCUGUGAAAAAAUCCAUGCAAAUUUUGAGAGGGAAACUAUGGCAUUUCGUUUUCUUUCAAAAUUAGACGAUUUUAAAGGGUUUUUCAAGAGUUUUCUUACAUGGAAAAACAAGAAAGAAAUGUUGGAAUUAAAAUCAACUCUGCAGUUCUAUCUUGAUACGAGUAUGAGUGGUGAUUUUCCCAAAACAUUCUCAUUCCGACUUAAAGAAUAUGAGGAUUGGUCAAAUAUUGAAGCAAAAUUGUUUGCCGAUGAAAAUUGGGAUUUUGCUGAUACAAUCUUCCUCUGCUAUGAUUCACAAGACUUUCCACGAUAUGAAUACCACGUGUCAUUGAUACGAAAACUACUUGAAAGAGUGGCAGAUAUAGAGAAAACUUCAAAGGAAAGAAAUAUUGAUACCAGUGAUGACACGUACUGGUCAUACCCAUUAAUUAUGACACGCGGGAUAAUUUCAAAGGACAAUAUCGACUUACUUUCAAAUGAAGGUUUUUACCAAGAAGAGGUCAUCAAAGAAUCCGCAUUUGUGGAAUAUCUUGAGGACCAUUCUCCGUUAUGCAUCGUUUGUUUUAUGACUUCGAAAGGAAAGCCAACACCAUCAGAGAAUGUCAAAAAGCUGCGAAGAACUUUGCCUGAUUUAGCGAAACGUCAUAGUGGUAUUUCGCUAGUCGUCUUAUUGGUAACUGAUCCUAACUGCAAGGUGCUGACUGAAGAAUUCUCUUAUAGAAAUGUUCAGAUAGUACAGGUGUCCAAUAGAAGAGAGGAUGUGCGAGAGGCUGUUACUUCCCUCCUUGAAGAAAAGUUACUUUGCUUUAUUGAAAAGAUGGCAAAAACUCGCAAGAGCUUAACGAUUAACAGAUCUCUAUUGACUCAAAAGAAUGCGAUUUGUAAGAGAUUAAACCGACGAAAGUAUGCGACAGGUAAAAGGAAAUCUGAAAUGAAACCGAGUCGAGUGAUCCCAAAGAUGAUGAAGAUGGUCUUGGAUCAGAACAAGCAAUCCAUUGUUAGAUACGGCUUUUCGAUGGACAAGUUUCAGAUAUAUGUUCAUGAAAAAACUUGCCAAGAGGUUACAGAGAAUAUUUGGCAGGAAUUGCAACAAUUUCGAAAGAGUGGCGAAUUUACUUGGAAAACAGAAUUAAUCUCCACAACUGGAGAAUGGGAUGUACAACCUCAUUCAUUUGUUAAGCAAGGUGAUGUGUGUUUCUCAUACCGUGGUCAAGGAGAUAUUGCAAGUGAUUCAGCCAUGCAAAGAGGACACCAUGAAGGAACUGUUGGAGGUUUUGCCAAAAGGAAGAAAGUUGGGGAAAGAGAUGAUCUUGUUGUUUUUAGUUGUAAUCACUUAUACAAGCCCAAAGAGAAAAUGUAUGCAAAAUUUCAUGUAAAUGCUAGACCUCAGCUGGUUGGAGAAUGUGAAAGAAAUUUUUCUCCGAGAGAUCUUUCUCUCGUCAUUACCGAAAAAAAGCUUUAUGGCAAUUUUGAUCAAAUUUUUAGAAACCCGAACGAUGAUAAGGUAUCGGCAAAAAUUUAUGAAUGUGAUUUAAAUGAUUUGGUGGGUGAAAUUGUUCAUAAGAAGGGUGCAAAGACUCACUGGACGGAUGGAAUUGUCAAAGGUGUCCAACAUUUCAAUGAUCAAAGUAAUAACGGCUCUUUUGAAGUUCUUUUUAUAAAAGGGACAAAUGAUAGCUUUUCACAGCCUGGGGACAGUGCUGCGUAUGUUAUUGUAAAUGGAUAUGACACUGACCUUAAAACGAUAAAUAUCAUUGGAGUACUUCGUGGAAAAUGGGAUCCACCUCCACAGCAAAGAAAUUUGGUGCUGUACAAAAGCGAAGAACCGGAUGAUGAAAGAGAGAAAGAAGAUGAUUCAGAUUUAAUCGUUUGUGAGGAUCUUAACUCUGCCAUUAAUGCAUUAGGUCAAGAAGGAUAUACCAUAACAUUUCAUGAAAAUAUUUAACUAAAGUGAUAUCAUUUUUGAUAUAGUUUUAAAACUUAUCAAUAAUGCUAAACAUUUAAAAUAUGCAUCUUCAAGUAUUUAAAGUUUCUGUAUUCCUUUAACAUAUAUAUGUAAAUAUUAUGGUUUCUUCAGCAAUAUUCUAUCUCAAUUUUGUGUCGUUAGGUACAAUUGAAUUUGUAUUUUCAGCUGCACUAGUCAAAAAUAAAAGCUUGCAUGUAAAAGCAGCAUACCCAUCAA